CCCUCUGUAGUGCUGAUCUAAAAUAAAACUAUCUCCAGCCUGCCGCACUCUGCUCCCAGCUCAACUCACUCCUGAGAUCCACCCCAGGGGGGACUGGCAGCCAAGAAACCAAGGAGCCACCGGCCGGACAGACAGAUGCCUCAGCGGAAGGACAACUUGCAAUUUCUUCCUUCCCACCCAACUUACAGUGCUGGGAUCCGGAUUUCCAAAGGAAUCGUCUGUCCCCCUGCUUUGCCUCACUUCUGAGCUCCGGGCUGGUGCUGCAUUGUGCCAACUGCUUGCCAAGAUCUGGAGACCCUUGGCUGUUGGGGUGGCAACCCACCAACAUGGGUAUUAAAGCAGUGUUACCGAGUUAUGAGCUGGGUUUCUACGCUCUGAUCUUGACUUGUGCGGUGGUGUAUAGUGGAAAUGGGAUCUUCGACGCAUCGAGAGAUAAUGUGAACAGAAAAGCCUUUCGGCAGGGCAUAAAGCCGGGCUGGCAUUACUUCGGCAGGAAAAUGGACGGAGCUGACUUUGAGUGGGCGAUGUGGUUCACCUCGUUCAGGAACAUCAUCGUCUUUGCCCUUUCGGGGCACAUCCUGUUCGCCAAGAUCUGCUCCAUGGUGGCUCCUCAGCACAGAUCUGUGGUUUACAUGCUCUACGGGAUGUUGGCCGUGCUGGGCAGCAUGGGACGCGCCUACCUGAUGAUUGUCCUCUCUCACUGUGUGGUGCUCUACACCGUUGCGCUGGCUAAGCAGAGGUGGUUGUGCUUUGCAGCCGGGCUUUGCAGCCUGGCCUCUUUCAGGCUGGAACCUUUCAGCGUGUGGCAGAAUGGAUUUGUAACAAGAACUUUUGAUCUUCAAGAUGUUCUGUUUUAUGGAGGAAGCGGCUUUACCAUCAUGCGCUGCAUGAGCUUUGCGCUGGAGAACUCCGAGAGAAAGGAAGGGAUUUACUCCAUCAUUGACCUGCUGAAAUAUAAUUUCUACCUCCCGUUUUUUUUCUUCGGACCCAUCAUGACCUUUGAUCAAUUCCACUCUCAGGUAAGCACCAGUGAGCUGAGACGCAAAGACAAUGAGAUGUGGAACAUUCGCGUCCACGCUUUGCUCCACCUGGGGGCGAUCGUCGCGGUGGAUGUGUUUUUCCACUUCUUCUACAUCUUGACCCUUCCUGCGGACGUGAAGUUCGUGACUCGGCUCUCAGACUGGGCUUUAGCCGGCCUGGCCUACUCUAACUUGGUGUAUGACUGGGUGAAAGCUGCAGUGAUGUUUGGAAUUAUCAACACCAUUGCUCGGUUGGAUCACUUGGACCCGCCGCAGCCCCCAAAAUGCAUCACCAUGCUCUACGUCUUUGCAGAAACGCACUUUGAUAGAGGGAUUAAUGACUGGCUAUGCAAGUACGUGUACGAUCACCUCGGGGAGAACCACGAUGAUGUUGUGAAGGAGCUUCGGGCCACCAUCUGCACCUUCGCUGUCACCACCCUGUGGCUGGGCCCCUGCGAGAUCGUUUACAUCUGGUCUGUCUGCAACUGCUUCGGACUCAACUUCGAGCUCUGGGUGCAGAAGUUUUUCCAGAUGGAGCCCUUUGGCAGCAUGGAGAGCCUGAUCCAAAGCCCUCCUGAGCUCCUGGGUGCUUCAGGGGAGAUUGAUUCCAGCCCGAGAACUGGAGCGUCCCCUAGGGGAAAAUGGAGAGGCCAUCGAGGGACCCAGAACUACUACCCGUGAAGCACCCACAGCGACUCAGGUGGAAGUAAAGUUAAGGCCAACCAGAAACAAAGCAUUUAAUGUGUCCACAUGGAAUUUUUCCAGAACGUUUUUUCAUUCUGCAUUUUUUUUUUGACAUUUCAACUUUUUAUCCCAAUUUGGGAUGAAAACAAACAUUGAAAUACUGGAAUAUCCCACAGGUCUGAAAUGCCAUUUUUCGAUCCGUUCUAAAGACCAGUGACCCCCAUCUAAAUCUGGGAGCUAGUGGCCGGUAGGAGGAUGCUGCCAGGAAAGAUGCAAGAAAUCACACCAGGGAAACAUUUCUGUUGUUUGUUACCAACCCUAAACCAUCAGACCUGACAACAACGCCCUUCAAAGAAACACUUCAGAGCUAACCAUCGCCUUGCUUCUUCAAAUUGAACUUGUAACCAGAUUAUAACACAGAAAUCCAGAGAAAUCUUAUUGCUAAAGGCACCACAAUUCUCAGCUCCAAGGGUCCUGGGAUUUCUAGUUCUCUUUGAAGAUUGUUAUAAAAACCACUUCCCGUCUCCAGUCAAUGCAGCGGCACUGAGGAUUACGUGCAAGUGACGAUCACAUUCUGCCGUUGAUUUUUUUAAAUCUUAACAACCUCCAGCUAGUGCUAAUGACAAUCAUGACAAAGGAUCGUGCCCAUAGCAGUGUGCCUCAAGGCAGCCUGUUAUUACUAAGGUGCACAGGAGGGGCAAAAAACCCCUCCCAUCAUCUAGUAUGCACUUCGCAAACAUUGGUCCAUUCCCUGGUCUACCUGAGCGGAACUCAGUGCAGGACCAGAGAAGUUUGAACAACCCUUGUGAUCCCCCAGGGCUGGGUUCCCUGGGCGCUAACAGGGCCUAAAUGCUGCUGCAUUCUACACAUGGCUGCCCACGGCCCCCAGGAAACCAUUCCAGCAACUGGAGAUCAGCCACAUGUAGCAACAUCCCGGCCAUGCCCCCUCCCCCAGGCCAGGCCUCCUCUCUGGAGGCCAGGAGAGGUGGUGGCCUGUCCCACCGAAGGAAUCACAGAACAAUGCAGCUAUAGUAUGGAGUGAACCUGGACUGUCUGCCUGCCUGAUGACGGGAGAUGCUGAAUUCUUCCAUUCCCAUCAACCUCCCUGUCCUGAUGAGCCUACAGUCUCACUCAGGCAAGACAAAUGAACCCAGGACAAGACCCAGGGGUAUAAUCCGGGC